AUGGAUAGUCUCGAGGUUCUGAGUAUUUGUAUCGAUGGAACAAAGUAUAAUACAUUCCAUACAGGAGCUGGUGUCGACAAUACGCCUCGCACGAACCGCGAACCAAUUAAACUCGCUCUCAGGAACAAACACGCGCCCGGAAUAACGUGCAAAGGUCGCAGGACCACUAGUACCAGCUGCUGGGGACGAGGAGCGGCUCUGAGGAAGAGUGGCCGAGGACAGAGGACGAGGGACGAAGGACGGAGGUCAGAGGUCAGAGGAGGAGGGACCGAAGAUGACCAAAGACGGGAGAUGGAACGCGCGUAA